GUUCCAUGAUUCAUUGAGUGUAACACCCAGUGCUCCAUUCAAUACGUGCCCUCUUUAAUACCCAUCAGCAGGCUAACCCAUCCCCCACGCAAAUCGUUAAAAAAAUCAAAUCAAAUCAACCAUUUAGCAAUGAGUAACAUCGCACAGAUGACUAGCCACCCUUAUGUAAGGGACGGAAACGCUUGUUGGGAGCAGGGCCGGCCUCCCAUUCACUACGCAGUUCUUUGCCCUGAACUACAUUUCCCAGAAGUCUGUGAGGCACAGGUCCUUCGGGGCGUGUAGGGUUGCAAGCCGGGGAAGUGGACCACCGGGGGCCCAGCUCCUUGUAUUCCCGGGCUGCUGGACUACAUUUCCCAGAGGCCCGUGCGCCGCCCCGUCCCCAGAGUCGGAGCGCAGCGAGGUGCCUGCUGGGAGAGGUUUGCCGAGCCGAGGAUUGUCUGCGCUCAGCAUCCCGCGGCCCCGGUGCCGAGUUGACCUCAAGCCUUGCGCCCCGUCCUCACGCCCUGUGGGCCGUGGGGCCCCGAGCGGACUUGAGAACAUUUGCUUCCCUUGGCCUGAGAUGUUCUCCCCAACAGUGACUAAUCCUUUCCGGAGAGGUGUGAUGGGGCCGUGCAGGUGUCUGCAGAGAACACAGAACAGAAGAAUGCGGUGGGGAGGUUCGUGUUGUGCUUUAUUGCAGCCUGAGAUUUGGUCAGGAGGAUCCUUGUCUUUAGGUGGGAUCCGCAGUCUUGCCCACCGGCCUGACUUUCAGAGCACAGUGAGAACAGAGAAGGUUUGAUGGUUUGGGCCAGUAAAUGACAAAGUUACCAGCUUGGUGAUGCUUUUAAAAGUGGGGUUUGAGGGCCGUCCUGCUGGCCCAGUCGGUAGAGUGUGCAGCUCUUAGGAAACGUGCUGCUGGAGCGAGCACUAGAGCGUGCAGCGCUUGAUCCCGGGGUCGUGAGUUCCAGCCCCACGUUCGCCAUGGAGCCUACUUAAAAUUAAAAAAAAAAAAAAAAAAAAGUAAAAUAAAAUUCAAAGGAAUUGAGCCAUUAUUUUGAUAAGUAAAUAAAUAAAAGUGGGGUUUGAGCAAAGGGCUUUGUCAUCAAAGGCAGGGAUUUUUUUUUUCAGUGAUCAGUAGAAAUCUGUUGUAUUAUCCACAUCUUGUCGGAAGCGUGACAGCUUCAGUCUGUUCCAGUUCCAUUUUCGUAUGAACUGCAAGAAGCAACAUGGUUUGAUGCUGAGUGAGUUCUGGAACUAGAGCAGAGGGCUUGGCAGAGUUUCUAAAAGGUCAUAUAUUGAACAGUUCGUGCUUCGUGGGCUACAUAUGGUUCCAUAUUCUUCUUGUUUAAUUGAUCUUGUUAAUGUUUAGGGUGGUUUUAGAUUUGCAGAAAAAAAUCGCGAAGUUAGUACAGAGAAUUCCCAGGUACCCUGUACCCGCUGUGCCCUAUUAUUAACAACUUACAUUAGUAUGGGAUGUUAUUUACAGUUGGUGAGCCAAUUCUGAUACAUUGUCAUUAACUGAAGUCCACGCUUUUUUCAGAUUUCCUUAGUUUUUACAGUAACAUUCUUCAUGUGUUCCAGGAUGCCAUCCCGGAGAUCACAUUACAUUUCAUUGUCGUGUGUCCUUAAGCUUCUCUUGGCUGUGACAGUUUCUCAGACUUCCCUUGUUUCUGAUGACUUUGAAGGUUUUAAGAGCAAAAGGUUCAGCUUCCUAAGGAGCUCGUAAAGAAGAAACUCGAAAUUACCCAUAGCUGUACCAUCCAGAGAUAAUUGCUGUUGAUAUUUUGUGAGUUUUUCUGGGUGCAGGGUGCUGAAUGUUGCCUGGGCCUUUGCUUCUCCAUCCUGUCCAUCUGCCAUGUUUUGACCGACCUCACCCUACCUAGAGGCCAGGAGAGGUUCAGAAACCCCAAGAGGACUGAUCAGUUCUUGAUUCUAAAACUAUGGCGCACGGUUUGGUGACGUUCUCAGAUGUAGCCAUCGACUUCUCUCAGGAGGAGUGGGCAUGCCUGGACUCCACGCAGAGGGAUCUGUACUGGGAUGUGAUGUUGGAGAACUACAGUAACCUGGUCUCCCUGGAUUUAGAGUCACCGUAUGGGACCAAGAGUUUACCUACAGAAAAGGGCAUUUAUGAAAUAAAUUUAUCCAAAUGGAACUCAGAUGGAAGAAGUAAAUCCCUUGGCCUUGACUGGAUGUGUGAAGGUGAGUUUGAAGGACCACGGGGCCAAGAGGGCUGUUUCAAUCAACUGAUAAUCAACUGUGAGAAAACGCCCACUUGUAGAGAAAAUACCUCUGUUAGGCCACAUCAAAGACUUCAUACUAGGGAGAAUUCCUAUGAAUGUAAGGAAUGUGGGAAGGCCUUUAGUCGUGGCUACCAGCUCACUCAGCAUCAGAAAAUUCACACGGGUGAGAAACCCUACGAAUGUAAGGAAUGUAAAAAGGCCUUUCGUUGGGGUAAUCAACUCACUCAGCAUCAGAAAAUCCACACUGGUGAGAAACCCUAUGAAUGUAAGGACUGUGGGAAGGCCUUUAGAUGGGGUUCAAGCCUCGUCAUUCAUAAGAGAAUCCAUACGGGUGAGAAACCCUAUGAAUGUAAGGACUGCGGGAAAGCCUUUAGACGUGGUGACGAGCUCACUCAGCAUCAGAGAUUUCACACUGGGGAGAAAGACUAUGAAUGUAAAGACUGUGGCAAGACCUUUAGCCGUGUGUAUAAACUCAUUCAGCACAAGAGAAUCCAUAGUGGCGAGAAACCCUAUGAAUGUAAGGACUGUGGGAAGGCCUUUAUCUGUGGCUCGAGCCUCGUUCAGCAUAAGAGAAUUCAUACUGGCGAGAAGCCCUAUGAAUGCCAGGAAUGUGGGAAGGCCUUUACUCGAGUCAAUUAUCUCACUCAGCAUCAGAAAAUCCACACUGGUGAGAAACCCCACGAAUGUAAGGAGUGUGGGAAGGCCUUUCGCUGGGGUUCGAGCCUUGUUAAACAUGAGAGAAUUCAUACUGGUGAGAAGCCAUAUAAGUGCACAGAAUGUGGGAAGGCCUUUAAUUGUGGCUACCACCUCACCCAGCACGAGAGAAUCCACACUGGUGAAACGCCUUACAAGUGUAAGGAGUGUGGGAAGGCCUUCAUCUAUGGGUCAAGCCUCGUUAAACAUGAGAGGAUUCAUACAGGGGAGAAACCCUAUGAAUGUAAAGAGUGUGGGAAGGCCUUUAGUCAUGGCCAUCAACUUACACAGCAUCAGAAAAUUCACACUGGGGAGAAAUCCUUUGAGUGUAAGGAAUGUGGGAAGGCGUGUAACCACGUGAACCAUCAGAGAGUUCACACUGCUGAAAAACCUACUGAACAAGAAGAAGGUGCAGAAGCUUCUAUACAACAUUCAUUCCUUCCACAGCACAAGGAAAAUCCAUGAUACAGUUUAACAUAAGAAAGCCUUCAGUGGUCACUCUCCUGCUUAUAAGCAUCUCAGAAUAGUCAUGCUCCAGACAAAUUUGGAGAAUGGAGAGAUCACUUUUUCUUAGUGAUCACAACACACUCAGUGUAGACUUGUUUUUUCGUUUUGCCACAUCGGUUUAAUGAGUGGAUAGAAGCCUCCCGCUACCAUUCGAGCUCCGCCUCACUUCACAUUUGUUCUAGGGAAUAACUGCUGAUGUAACAUAUGUGGAAAAGCCUCUCGCCAUGGUACACACCCUCCCUGUUACCAUCACCAUCCCACCUCUUUACUGCUGUGACACACUGGGAAAAUGACCUGUUACCCCUGUGUGUUGUGUGUGAAAUGGGGAUAAUCACAUGUACCUAAUACUGCUGUUGUGGUGACUGAGUUUGGUACACGUAAACUCUCUGGAGGUGUAUUUGGAACAUUGUGUAAGCUCAAUAAAUAUUAGCUGCUGUUGUUCUUACCAUCA